UCCCUGCUUCUACUAUCUGUUCCCGUCUUUGUGGUGUCAGUGUAGUAGUAGUUGUGAGACCUGCCUUGAAGUUCAGGGACUUUUGACGCCGGUCAAAGAGCUACUCCUGCACAGACCCGGACAGUCAACCAGUCAGUCAGUCAAGUCCAGCAGCCCUCCGGUCUGCGCAUCCGUCCGUCAGGCUGCACUUCACCUGAGAGCCAGCUCAGACUCUUUAAUCACACGAUGGAUUCCUGGACAGUCACCUCUGCACUUCUUCUCGCUGGGGUUAUUUCUUCUGCGGCUUUUAGUAAUUUUGACACCGAGUGUUACACUGCCAAUGGAGAGGACUACAGGGGUUUCCAGAACCAGACCGGCCUGCAUGGUGGUAAACCCUGCCUCUUCUGGAAUGAGACCUUCCAGCACCCUUACAACACCCUCAAAUACCCCAAUGGAGAGGGUGGUUUGGGCAGACACAACUACUGCAGGAAUCCCGAUGGGGACGUUCAGCCGUGGUGCUACAUUGCAGAUCAUGAAGACGGGAUCUACUGGAGAUACUGUGACAUCCCAACAUGCCAGAUGCCUGGGAACUUGGGCUGCUUCAAAGACAGCGGUGACCCACCCACUCUGUCCGGGACGAGCGAGACCUCCAACAAACUCACCAUACAGAACUGUAUUAGCUUCUGUAGGAAGCAGAGGUACAAGCUUGCUGGAAUGGAGUCAGGAUAUGCCUGUUUCUGUGGCAACGAAGUGGACCCACGUGACCACGGCGAGUCGCCUAGCAUGGAGUGCAACCAUGUUUGUUUCGGUGACCACACCCAGCCCUGCGGUGGAGACGGCUGGGUCAUCAUCUUCGACACCCGAGUGGGGGCCUGCGGUGGGAACUAUUCUUCUCCAUCGGGAGUGAUCUACUCCCCUGAUUUCCCCGACAAGUACGGGGCUGGCCGUGUUUGCUACUGGACUAUACAGGUUCCUGGAUCCUUCGCCAUCCUCUUCAACUUCACCUUCUUUGACAUCUCCGACCAGACAGACAUGGUGGAGCUACUGGACGGCUACACCAACCAGGUUGUGGCACGCUUCGACUGGCGCAGCCCGCCGCGGGAGCUAGUGAACAUCACAGGCGACUUUGUCAUACUGUACUUCUACUCAGACCGCACCAACCAGGCCCAGGGAUUUGCCCUGCUCUACCAAGCACUGAGAAGCCAAGACACCAGAACAAUGGAGGCUGAAGGAAAUGAUGAGGAUGAAGGAAAGGACAUCCCAAGCACGGCGGGGCCCCAGCUUGCUGGCGGCGUCACAGAGAGAUCCAACAGCACCUCUAAAGGACGUUCCUCCCAGAUUCUCUACGUGAUCACGUCCAGCCCCGGUAAACCGGAGCACAACAUGCCAGGUCAGUGGGCUGGACGCGGCGAGACCACUGGACACAGCGCUAUGUGGACCAUUUACGCUCUGGCUGCUCUCCUCAUACUGACAGUCAUAGCAAUGGUGGCAAAGCUAUUGCUGCAUAUUACAGUCAAAUCCCAGAAUAUUCCAGCAGUCAGCGGUUCAGACAGCUGCAGCCAGAGCACGGCGUCCUCCGAGCCUUGGAUCAUCCUGUACCGACCCUCCACCAUCUCCCUCUUCAAGAAGAAGCUAAAGAACCACCAUGGCGACCUCAGCCCCCUGGUGGGUAACUAGCACCACUGCUGCGCUCCACCGUUAACCAAACGCUACCGCCAACCCACAACUACUCUGUACAAGGGCCAUCAGAUGCCAGACCCUCAGAAAAUGAAACUCUAUGAGGCGCUACGCUAACAAGCCAACAACUGAUUGGCUAAUGACAACUGAUGAGUGACUGCUACUAAAUGGCCCCUUGGGCUGAAGUGGCUGGACCCUCCCAUCCUGCUCAGCACCAAAGAGGAGGGGGACAGGCAGGGCUGUCAGUGACCUCACUGUGGGAGAGGAGAGCGAAGGAUUAGAUGGAGGAAGAUCUGCAGCUCUGAAAGAUUCAAGGACACUUUUAACAUGCGGGAAGCUUCUCUGGUCCUGCGAGGCUCUAUCUCCAUCACACCACGGACGUCCCUAACAAUCAACAUACCUCCAGAACUCCAUUCCAGACUACAGGUUUACCAGUGAAACGCAGCAUAGCCGGGAGCAGAAUAAUGGCUAACUUCACUGUCUGGUUUCAGUUUAGUUUGCCUCUUCCUGGUGCUUCAGUCACAGUGGUAACCGAAAUCUUCAUGAGUAUCAAGGAGAGGAUGAGGUCUUUGAUACACACGCACACACAC